ACGCACAGACACACAUGUACACACACACAUACAGAGACAUGUAUACACACACAGGCACGCAUAAACACAGAUACAUGUACAUACAUACACAGACACAUGUACAGGCACAUGUACGUACAUACACACACACGCACACACCCCAUAAAAAGUUGCAGUACUUCAUUGUUCACUCACAGAGCUGGGUACUGCACUCUAGGGGGAGGCAGAGAGCACAGCACACACUCUUUGCUUUGCUUUCACUGCACUCAGCUAUUGAGCAGUCUGACGGCUCCCAGUGCCAAUGACAGAUCUGGCCUGAGCUCCGAGCCUGCUCAGCAGGAUGGCCCUGGGGGGCACACUCACCCCCACCAUAAUUUCCACUCGCCAUUGGCGAGCAGGCGAGUGGAAAUUUCAAACUGUGGAAUAGACUGUGCACUUCUAUUA